UCCGGCAUGGAGAAGAUUUCUACUCAGCUGGGAGUAAUAAACGACGCCGCUUCUACACCGACCUCCAAACAGGAACUGCAACCUUACAGCCAGAGAGACCAGACGGCCUCCAGCAACCUGAAAACCAAUACCAUCGGGGAAGCCGUUCUGUACGGGCUGCCCAUCGUCUCCUUGGUGAUUGACGGGCAGGAGAGGCUGUGCCUGGCCCAGAUCUCCAACACCCUGCUGAAAAACUACAGCUACAACGAGAUCCACAACCGCAGAGUGGCCUUGGGUAUCACCUGUGUCCAGUGCACCCCAGUCCAGCUGGAGAUCCUGCGCCGAGCCGGGGCGAUGCCCAUCUCGUCCCGGAGAUGCGGCAUGAUCACCAAAAGAGAGGCGGAGAGGCUCUGUAAGUCUUUCCUGGGCGAGCACACGCCCCCGAAACUGCCCGAGAACUUUGCCUUUGAUGUGUCUCACGAGUGCGCAUGGGGCUGUCGUGGUAACUUCAUCCCUGCCAGGUACAACAGCUCUAGGGCCAAGUGCAUCAAGUGCAGCUAUUGUAAUAUGUACUUUUCCCCAAAUAAAUUCAUCUUCCAUUCUCACAGAGUCCCGGACACUAAAUACACACAGCCCGACGCCGCAAACUUCAACUCUUGGCGGAGACACCUCAAACUUUCAGACAAGAUUCCCUCCGAAUACCUGGCCCACGCUUGGGAGGAUGUUAAGGCGAUGUUCAAUGGAGGCAGCCGCAAGAGGACCCUCCCGAACCACGGCUCCGGCUCCUCGGCCUCCCUGAAAGCUCCCGGGGCCAGCUCGCUGCCCCCCCGGGGCUCGGACAUCCCCCACAAGGCGCUGAGGUGCGAGGACGAGGGGCGAGGCAUGAACCUGCCCAACAAUGUCCGGAGUUACCCGGUCAUCCCGGUGCCCAGCAAAGGUUUCGGCAUGCUGCAGAAGAUGCCGCCGCCCAUCUUCCCGCACCCGUACGGCUUCCCCACCUUCGGGCUCUGUCAGAAAAAGGACGACGCCAACGUGGUGGGGGACAAGACUCAGGGGGGGCUGCCCAGUAUGUUCUGGUCCAGCGCCAAGGACACGGUCUACCCGUCUUUCCCCAUGUUCUGGCCGGCCGCUGGCGCCCUGCCCGUGCCCCCUUACCCACAGAGCCAGCCCAAGGUGUCCGAGACCCCCAAUGGGCGGCAGAACGAGAUGGACGUGUCCGAGCAGAGUGACCGCAGCAGUAACACUCCCAAGGACAGCCUGGCGGACAGUGAGAGGUGCUCCAGCACCCACUCCCGGAAUGAGGAGGACCCCCGCUCCGGGGACGAGGCUCGCUCGGUCGAAGGCAUCUCCCUCACGCCCCGGAAACUCAACUACAUCUCGGCGUUCCGGCCGGUGGUGAAGGACGCGGAGAGCAUCGCCAAGCUUUACGGGAACCGGGAGGUUUAUAACGGAGCCCGGCCCGGCUAUGGGUCACCGGACUUCAUGAGUGACAGCUCCAGUUACAGGUCCGUCUCUCCCGAGGUGGACAGCGAGGGGGAAGAGCCUGAGGUCGAUGUCGAGUCCAAUAGAUGUCCCGAGGAUGAGGCCUCUCCGCCGCUGGUGGACACCGUGCCAGAGACUGAGCUAGUCCCAGACAGAGAGGUGCCUGCUCCCCCUGAACCCACACAGGACAUCUCCACCAGGGAGAGCCGAGGAAGCCCUUUUGGUGUCCAAGGCUCAGAGAAAGUCAGAGAGGGCGAGGCUUCUGGGGAGCAGAAAGGCCACGAGGUGUUUCCACACGAUCGGGAGGGUCACUUGAACAGUGUGAAAAAUGCUUGCAGCGCGACUCCAGCGCCCAUUUACACAGAGACUGCAGCUGAGCAAGACCAGGAGACCCAGAGCACAGCGGAGGACCCCGAGCCGAGAAAAUCCUAUCAGCAGCAAGGCGGUGUUUCCCAAGAGACCUCAGCAAAUUCUGAGCGGGGCGAAGAUGGCAUUAGACUGGAAACCCCAAGAACCCAACUGGUCGAAAAAGACAUUGAGAACAUGGGGAAAGAAGAGUUACAAAAACUACUUUUGGAACAGAUGGAGCUCAGGAAGAAGUUAGAACGGGAAUUUCAGAGUCUAAAAGACAGUUUUCAGGAUCAAAUGAAGAGGGAAUUGGCCUACAGAGAGGAAAUGGUUCAGCAACUCCAAAUCGUUAGAGACACGCUCUGCAAUGAGCUGGAUCAAGAGAGAAAAGCGCGUUACGCCAUCCAACAAAAGCUGAAAGAAGCACACGACGCUCUCCACCAUUUCUCGUGUAAGAUGCUGACCCCUCGACAUUGCACUGGCAACUGUUCCUUCAAACCCCCGCUGCUCCCGCAGUGA